UCGUUAUAACUGUAACUUUCUUCUAUUACUUAUAGGGUAAACGUACCAGAUGUUGGCAUUUCUCUGCAGAAUACAUUAAUUAAAUCUAAUCACACAAUGACAGAAAGAAAACAACAGCCUGAGAAUUUUGAAGACAAAGAUGAUAGUGUAGAAAUACUAUCGUUUGACAAAAUACAAAAACUACAGAGGCGUGCUUCAAUACCUAAGACGACAGAUAAUACCAAUCUUUCUACAUCUCAUUCACCGCCGGCUGAAUCGUUGAAUGAAAAACAAAAUAUUCAGAGGCUUGCUGCUAUAACUAAGACGCAAAGUAAUUCAAAUCUUCCCAUACCUCAUUCGCCAGCUGAACCAAAUGAAGAAGAUUCUACAGUACAACCAGAAGAAAAGAAUGAUGAAAUCAGAAUCGGUGGAAGUAGAAUUGUAGAUUUUAUGUAUUUAUAUGAACAGUUACUAGAAAUAUCACAUCAUAACUCUCCAUUAGGUUGUAACUUUAAUCAUUUGAAACUAUUAGGAGAAAAAAGGAAGGGAUUUGUGUCUAAAUUUGAGUUUGUUUGCCAAAUGUGCAACCUUAAAUUGAGUUUAAAGAACUGUAAAAAAUCUGAAGAUAAAAAUGAAUUCGACCUAAACGAAAAUGUUGUAAGCGCUUUCAUGUCUAUUGGUGCUGGACACGCGGGCUUAGAACAGGUAUCUGCUUCACUUGAGAUACCUUCUAUGUCAGACCAUUUGUAUGCCAAAUGUCACGCAAGAGUCUGUGAACUAUGGGAAACGGCAAAAGAAAAAUGCAUGGAGGAAGCAGCAAAAGAAGAAUUUGAUUUAGCUGUGCGAGAUGGUAAUGUUAAUUCAGAUGGAGUACCUAUGAUAACCGUUGUUGCUGACGGAUGUUGGUCAAAAAGAUCAUUUAAGAAAAAUUACAACGCUUUGUCGGGUGCUGCGGUAAUAAUUGGAUACCGAACAAAAAAAGUCCUCUACAUGGCUGUUAAAAAUAAAUACUGCAUGAUUUGUGCACGUUCUGAAAACAAAAAAAUGCCAGUUCCCAAUCACACGUGUUUUAAAAACUACGAAGGGUCGUCGAGUGGCAUGGAAUCUGUGGCAUUAGUUGAGGGUUUUAAGCACUCUUUGCCUAACCAGGGCCUGAUAUACUCGAAAUUAAUUGCUGAUGGAGACUCCAGUACAUAUAAGAGCAUUUUAGAGUCAAAACCAUAUGGGAACUUAUUGGUAGAAAAAAUAGAGUGUACAAAUCACCUGUUAAGAAAUUUUUCAACAAAACUUGACGAGCUAACAAAAAACACUAACUACCCAAUAAAAUACCGUAAACUUCUUGGUAAAAAUAUACUGCGCUUACGUAGGUCUGUAAAAGGGGCUGUCAAACAUAUUAACACCAAAGAUAUAGAUUUUAACCAAAAAGUUAUUGAACUAAAACAAGACCUAAUAAAUGCACCAAACCAUGUUUUUGGAAAUCACAAGUUAUGUAAACAUUACUUUUGCAAAAACAUUGAUCAAAACGAACAAGAUUUUGUAGAUGAAAUGAAGUCUAGCAACAUUUUUACAGCAAUCUUAAAAAUUAUGACCAGAUUAGUAAAUAAUGCCAAAAGCCUAAUAUAUGAUGUAAAUAGUAACAUUGCAGAAGUUUUCAACAGCGUAAUCGCGAAGUUUGUGGGCGGUAAAAGAAUUAAUUAUUCAAGUCGCCAGUCUUACACUGCUCGCUGUGCUGGGUCAGUAGUGUCAUUUAACUCCAAAGAACCGCAAUCGUAUAUUUGCAAAAAGAUUUUGAUGCGAAGUCCUAACCCUAUUGUAAAACGUUUAGAGAUUACACGCAAUAAAAAAAGAAUCGCAGGUUUAAGACGGAGAUUAACAAAAUCUUUUGUGCCAAAAAAGGGUUCAAAUAGUACCACAGACAAAGACUAUGGCGACUGCUGUCAAAAGCCGGAUCUAGAGCAAGCUGACUUCGAGUUUGCUAGAUCACAACACAUGGACAAACUUAAUCUUUCUGAUGAAGAUCGCCAGUCUCUUGAAAAGAGAACUGUUUUACAAGCAGAUUCGAUUGAGUGGCAUCAACAAAGACAAUUUCGUCUUACUGCAUCUGCCUUCGGUAAGGUUUGUAAAAGAGGCCUUAUAAAAUGUGCACCUCUCGUAAAAAACAUUCUCAAUGUGACUGGCGAUCUGAGCCACGUAAAAUCUAUACGUUAUGGCAAAGAAAAUGAAAAUAUUGCAUUGAAACAAUUGGCAGAAGUUUUAAAGGAACAUGAUGAUAAGUUUGAAGGUAUAAAGAAAUGUGGGUUAUUUGUCGACCCUGAACUACCGUUUUUGGCAGCCAGUCCAGAUGGAUUAGUAGAGAGUCCAGACGGCUCAAAAGACAAAAUUAUAGAAAUUAAGUGUCCAUAUUCGGCUAAGGAUAUGACAGUCGCAGAAGGCAUAUCAAAAAAGAAAAUUAUUAUCUGGAAACAGGAUAAGGACGGAAACUUUAAAAUAAAUACACAUCACGACUGGUUCUACCAGGUCCAGGGUCAACUCCAUAUUACCAGGAAGGAAAUUUGUUUGUUUGUUGUUUGGACAGAAAAAGAUAUGAAAAUAGAAGCUAUAAAAAGAGAUGACGAAUUCUGGAAGACCAACAUGGAAACGAAAUUGAAAACAUUUUAUUAUGAUUGUUUACUACCAGAAAUUAUUGAUUCAAGGCUGGACAGAAAAAUGGAAAUUCGUGAGCCACAAUAUAUUUUGGAAGCAAUAAACAAGAAAGAGACAGAAAAACGAAAAAAAAUGCUUUCCGCUACUGUUUUGCCAGGAUUAAAGCGGAAAAAGUAAUUAAAAAAAAGAAAAGAUUUUUCUUUUAAUUCCAUUCAUACAUAAUUUUGUUCACGACUGUAAUAUCGGUGACUCUUUUCGCUGUACAUUUGUACUCACGUGAUAGGCCGCGAGCCGUAUGGCUAUUUUUUAAUGAGUACUAGAAUCUCGAUGUGCACUGCGCAGGUUUCCUCGCGAUAUUUACCUUUAUCGUGAGAGCUAUGUUAUAUUGUACGUCAUAUUAUAAGCGGGCGCUUACCCGACUCAGCUACCACCGCUCAAUAGAAUUCCAUCUUACAAUAAUACUGCAUCUGUCGUACCUACUUUGAAGAUUUAAUAAUUUGAAUACAAACGGUCAACUUCUGGGGUUUUUACCCUAUUUAGCCGUUCUGUUAUUUUACAUUAGUAUACUGAUCCGAUUUCAAUGAUUAUAAUUAUAAUAAAUAUAGUAAAAGACACUGACUGUAAAAUAUAAAAAUAGGGACAUAAAAUAUGUCAAAAAUACCUACUUAAUUCUACAAUUCGUACCUAACUAUUUUGUGAAGAUUUCCAAUAAAAAUAUUUCAAAUACAUAAUAUUUAGUUUCUGUUGUUUUAUUUUAUAUGUAGGUAUUGGUAAAACCUUGAUGGCCGUUUUCAAUAUCCUACUUAUUUACCCAGUGAUUUGGUUACCAACAUACAAUUUUUUAAAGAUU